UAAUAGUGGUUUAUGUGAUUUGGUGAAGACUUUAGAUUCACAAUUAGAAAAAGAAGCUGAGUGGAACUGUUUUUUUGAAUAUCAGACUCUGUUAUCAUGUGUUGGGAUUGCAUCUGUUAGUAGUGAAAUAUUGCCUGCUGUUGACCAUAUACUCUUAGAAUACUUGACCCCACAAAUUCGUUCUAUUGAGCGUAUUGAAAUAGCACAGUGUUUAUACUUCGAUGCAACAUUAGUUGACUUAACAGUAAUUGGAUUGGAUGACGAGAAUGAGAAUAUAAGUAAUCGAUUUACAGAAGAUGUUUAUGAUGCGAAGCAGAUUUUACUUAAGUCAAUGAUAUCAAAAUUAAAACACUUUAUUAAUCAAAAGAAGCGUCUUUUAAUACAAAAUGAAGAGCCUAAAAACAGUGAUGACAGCGAAGACAGUGAAAAGGAAAAUAAUUCUGCAAUCAAAAAUCCAGCGAUUACCAAGCAUAGAGCAGGCCUGUGA